CGUCCACCAGCUACGAUGAUCUGCCUGUUUCUGUCCGUGUUCGCCUACCUCUUUCAGUCAGUUCCCUCCAGGAGCGGGCAGGAGACGCGGACUGUCCGGACACAGGAUCAGAGUUUACCGGUGAAAAUGGAGCCGACACAACUCACAGACUGUGUUCAUGUUCACUGGAGUCAAAGUUAUAAUGAAUUAAUUAAAGUCUGCCGACGUUUUAUUAACAAAUAACAUAAAGAAACGUGUUAGCAUGAGAGCUCUGCAUCACACACACACACACACACACACACACACACACACACACACACACACACACACACGGUUUGUCAAGUCUCUGUUUCAAAAAUACUUUAAUCUAGUUCACUUUAAUACAAUUAAAAAGGAACUGCCGCGUGUCUCCUCACUGCGGUUGAAGUUGAUUCAUCAUCCUAUUUAUGCUGCGUUCAGGCGCUCCUCGGAUUGUUAAAGUUUCCUUUUUGAAAAGUGGUUCUUACAGCUUCAAUACGUUGUUGACAGACUGUAAAUAAAUUGUUAAACUCGAGAAGUAACAUGCCAAUUCAAGAAAAAUAUGUUGUACUCUAAGUCAUCAUAACAAUGCUUAUAAAAAAAUAACACGGUGUUACUUAUGACAAUUGAGCUAAAGACGAGUUUCGCACCUGAACCUCCUUUUUCCGAUUUUUCCGAUACUACAUGAACGCAUUGUGAGAGCUCGUAUGUUGCGCUUCCAGUGGUGCGUUCAGGUUCAUGUUUGCUGCUCGGUGCUGCAAUGGGGCCGAGAAAAAGGUCACAGCGAGUUUUGCAGCAUGAACUGGAAGAUUUGGUUGUCAAACAUGUUCGGAUUGAAGACUCCGUCUGGACAGGUGUGAACGAGCGCACCUUCCUCGCCGUGAAACCGGAUGGCGUGCAGCGGAGACUUGUGGGAGAGAUCGUGCGUCGCUUCGAGAGGAAAGGCUUCAAACUUGUGGGACUCAAACUUGUGCAGGCCUCGGAGGAUCUUCUUAAAGAACAUUACUGGAGCCUGAGGAGUAAACCGUUCUUCACAGGACUCAUUAGCUACAUGAAGUCUGGACCUGUUGUAGCGAUGGUGUGGGAGGGGCUUGACGUGGUGACAACGGCGCGUAAGAUGUUGGGAGAGACGAACCCGGCGGACUCGCUACCCGGAACCAUCCGAGGAGAUUUCUGUGUGGAGGUGGGCAGGAACGUGAUCCAUGGCAGCGACUCGGUGGAGAGCGCUCAGAGAGAGAUCUCUCUGUGGUUUCGUCAGAACGAGCUGCAGUGCUGGGAGGACGAGAGCAGACACUGGAUCUACGACUAACGUCUGCCUGACCUGAAGGUUCUCCGUCCUCUCGCUGCACCAACCAGGGUUUAGUUUGAGGUCGGUGUGAGAUGAAUUUACUUUAACCUUUGAGGAGGCGCUAUGCUGUCAUGCUAGAUCUCUCACUGCUUUCUUUUCUAUUCAUAUUGUUUCUAAUGUGUCUGAACUUCAUUUCAGAGGUUGAAUAACUUUACAAAGCAAACAUGCUCUGAGGGAGCAGACCUUAAAGGCUUUAUAUGCGAUUUUUUGAUCCAGCAGAUGUCGCCCUUGAGCACCAGCAUGAAACCAAAACAACUUGUUGUGUUAGCGUGCUAAUGCUAGUGAUCUUUAUUAUGCUCGUAUCUUCACACUGCAUGUAAAUUUACCUGAAAUGAAUGAAUUUAUACGUGAGGGGAGGAGUCAGCCGGCCGUCCUGACGAUGUAAACAAAGUGAAGAUAGGACUCCGAAAACUCUGAAAGCAUCACAGACAGUGGGACUCUGGUGUUACAUCCAUUGUAGACAGUCAUGACUCACAGAGUUAUUUUCAGAGGAUAUACUUGAUUUCUAUUACAUUUAAGUGUGAAAAUCGCAUAUAAAGCCUUUAAACCAGUCUCCAUUCAAGUUUACUAUAAAUGUUUUUAAAUGUUGCACAAAAAAAGCUAGGGGUCAGAGUUACAGAUUGCUCCUUUAAUAUGAGAUCUUGUUACGUCCGUAAUAACACUACUUCAUGUUUACAGUAUCGAUGCAAUAAGCUUUGAAUGUGGAGCAAUAACAGGUUGUAAUUAAACUUGCUAUUAAUGUUGAUGUCUAUUUAAAGAAGUUACAACUUUAUAUAUAUAUAUUUGUGUAUUUGAUUCACUUCUGCUGAAACGUGCAUGUCCUCGAAAAGCUUAUUCAGGAAAAAAAAAAAAAUCAACCAAACGUGUUCAUUACGUCUUCAUUAAGUCAACUUUUUACAGCUGCUCAACUGAAGCUCCGUUGUGUCUGUGUGUGUGUGUGUAGUUUCUGUCACAUUCAGACUCUUAAACUCUCGUCAUGUUGAAUGAAAUGAUGUUCAAAUGGUCAAAAACAAUAAAUCUUUUCAGGAAA